UGGUGCGCUUGGAGGCGGCGGCGGCGGCGGAGCAGGAUCCCGCCGCAGCGGCUGGCAGUCUAGGCUGCCGGACUCGGCUUUCCUUCGCCUUGCGCGGCUCCGCAUCCACCGCGGGCUGCCGACCCCGCGUCCCGCCCGGGGCAUGGCCGGGAGCUGUGCUCCCGCACGCCCCGCCUGCUGAGCGGCGCCAGAGGGAGGUGCGGCGGCCGCGAGGCCGGGGGAGGUGGCGGGGGAGCAGAGUCGAGCGCCUCCGGAGCAGAGAAAGGAGCCCGCGCCCGGCGCUCCGCGCCCCACGCCCCGUUCCUGCCGCACUCGCCCGGGCCGCCCGGAGCCCCGAUGAGACCAGAUGGCCGGGGCUCAGCCCGGGGUGCACGCCUUGCAACUCAAGCCCGUGUGCGUGUCCGACAGCCUCAAGAAGGGCACCAAAUUCGUCAAGUGGGAUGAUGACUCCACUAUUGUUACUCCAAUUAUUUUGAGGACUGACCCUCAGGGAUUUUUCUUUUACUGGACAGAUCAAAAUAAGGAGACGGAGCUGUUGGAUCUCAGCCUUGUCAAGGAUGCCAGAUGCGGGAAACAUGCCAAAGCUCCCAAGGACCCCAAGUUACGUGAACUUUUGGAUGUGGGGAACAUCGGGCGCCUGGAGCAUCGCAUGAUAACGGUGGUGUAUGGUCCUGACUUAGUUAACAUCUCCCAUUUGAAUCUCGUGGCUUUUCAGGAAGAAGUGGCCAAGGAAUGGGCAAAUGAGGUUUUCAGUUUGGCAACAAACCUGCUGGCCCAAAACAUGUCCAGGGAUGCAUUUCUGGAAAAAGCCUAUACUAAACUUAAACUGCAAGUCACUCCAGAAGGGCGCAUUCCUCUCAAAAACAUAUACCGCUUAUUUUCAGCAGACCGGAAGCGGGUUGAAACUGCUUUAGAGGCUUGUAGUCUUCCAUCUUCAAGGAACGAUUCAAUACCUCAAGAAGAUUUCACUCCAGAAGUGUACAGAGUUUUCCUGAAUAACCUUUGCCCUCGCCCUGAAAUUGACAACAUCUUUUCUGAAUUUGGUGCCAAAAGCAAACCAUACCUUACCGUUGAUCAGAUGAUGGAUUUUAUCAACCUCAAACAGCGAGAUCCCCGGCUAAAUGAAAUACUUUAUCCACCAUUAAAACAAGAGCAAGUCCAAGUGUUGAUUGAGAAGUAUGAACCCAACAGUAGCCUUGCCAAGAAAGGACAGAUAUCAGUGGAUGGGUUUAUGCGCUAUCUCAGUGGAGAAGAAAAUGGAGUUGUGUCACCUGAGAAACUGGAUUUGAAUGAAGACAUGUCUCAGCCCCUUUCUCACUAUUUCAUUAAUUCCUCACACAACACCUACCUCACAGCUGGUCAGCUAGCUGGAAACUCCUCCGUUGAGAUGUAUCGCCAAGUGCUCCUGUCUGGUUGUCGCUGUGUAGAGCUGGACUGCUGGAAGGGACGAACAGCAGAAGAGGAACCUGUCAUCACCCAUGGGUUCACCAUGACAACUGAAAUAUCCUUCAAGGAAGUGAUUGAAGCGAUUGCUGAGUGUGCGUUUAAGACUUCGCCUUUUCCAAUCCUCCUUUCAUUUGAGAACCACGUAGAUUCCCCCAAACAGCAGGCCAAGAUGGCGGAGUAUUGCCGGCUGAUAUUCGGGGAUGCCCUUCUCAUGGAGCCACUGGAAAAAUACCCACUGGAAUCUGGAGUUCCUCUUCCAAGCCCUAUGGACUUAAUGUAUAAAAUUUUGGUGAAAAAUAAGAAGAAAUCACACAAGUCAUCAGAAGGCAGUGGCAAAAAGAAGCUCUCGGAACAAGCCUCCAACACCUGCAGCGACUCUUCCAGCGUGUUUGAACCCUCAUCGCCAGGAGCUGGGGAAGCUGACACGGAGAGUGACGACGAUGACGAUGAUGACGACUGUAAAAAAUCUUCAAUGGACGAGGGAACUGCUGGGAGCGAGGCCAUGGCCACGGAAGAGAUGUCUAACCUGGUGAACUAUAUUCAGCCAGUGAAGUUUGAGUCAUUUGAAAUUUCAAAAAAAAGAAACAGAAGUUUUGAAAUGUCUUCCUUUGUGGAAACCAAAGGACUUGAGCAACUUACAAAAUCUCCAGUGGAGUUUGUAGAAUAUAACAAGAUGCAGCUUAGCAGGAUAUAUCCAAAAGGAACACGUGUGGAUUCAUCCAACUAUAUGCCUCAGCUUUUCUGGAAUGCGGGUUGUCAAAUGGUUGCACUUAAUUUCCAAACCGUGGAUUUGGCUAUGCAAAUUAAUAUGGGGAUGUAUGAAUACAAUGGAAAGAGUGGCUACAGACUAAAGCCAGAGUUUAUGAGAAGACCUGAUAAGCAUUUUGAUCCAUUUACUGAGGGCAUCGUAGAUGGAAUUGUGGCCAACACUUUAUCUGUUAAGAUUAUUUCAGGUCAGUUUCUUUCUGAUAAGAAAGUUGGGACCUACGUGGAAGUGGAUAUGUUCGGUUUGCCUGUGGACACAAGGAGAAAAGCCUUUAAGACCAAGACAUCACAGGGAAAUGCUGUAAACCCCGUCUGGGAAGAAGAACCCAUUGUGUUCAAAAAAGUGGUUCUUCCUUCUCUGGCCUGUUUAAGGAUAGCAGCUUAUGAAGAAGGAGGUAAAUUUAUUGGUCACCGGAUCUUGCCAGUACAAGCAAUUCGACCAGGCUAUCACUAUGUCAGUCUGAGGAAUGAAAGGAACCAGCCUCUGAUGCUGCCAGCUGUCUUUGUCUACAUCGAAGUGAAAGACUAUGUGCCAGAUACAUAUGCAGAUGUGAUAGAAGCUUUGUCAAAUCCAAUUCGAUAUGUGAAUCUGAUGGAGCAGAGAGCUAAGCAACUGGCUGCCUUGACACUGGAAGAUGAAGAAGAAGUAAAGAAAGAGGUUGAUCCUGGGGAAACACCUUCAGAGGCUCCAAGUGAAGCCAGGACAACUCCAGCAGAAAACGGCGUGAAUCACACCACAUCCCUGACACCCAAACCACCUUCCCAGGCUCUCCACAGCCAACCAGCUCCAGGUUCUGUAAAGGCACCUGCCAAAACAGAAGAUCUCAUUCAGAGUGUCCUGACAGAAGUAGAAGCGCAGACUAUUGAAGAGCUAAAGCAACAGAAAUCUUUUGUGAAACUUCAAAAGAAGCACUACAAAGAAAUGAAAGACCUGGUUAAGAGGCAUCACAAGAAAACCACUGACCUUAUCAAAGAACACACUACAAAAUAUAAUGAAAUUCAGAACGACUACUUACGAAGGAGGGCAGCCUUGGAAAAAAACGCCAAAAAGGACAGUAAGAAAAAAUCUGAACCCAGCAGCCCCGAUCACGGUUCAUCAACAAUUGAACAUGAUCUUGCUGCUCUGGAUGCUGAAAUGACCCAAAAGUUAAUAGACUUGAAGGACAAACAACAGCAGCAGUUGCUUAACCUUCGACAAGAACAGUAUUAUAGUGAAAAAUACCAGAAGCGAGAACAUAUUAAACUGCUUGUUCAGAAGUUGACGGAUGUUGCAGAAGAGUGUCAGAACAGUCAGCUGAAGAAGCUCAAAGAAAUCUGUGAGAAAGAGAAGAAGGAAUUAAAGAAGAAAAUGGAUAAAAAGAGGCAGGAAAAGAUAACAGAAGCUAAAUCCAAAGACAAAAGCCAGAUGGAAGAGGAGAAGACAGAGAUGAUCCGAUCAUACAUCCAGGAGGUGGUGCAGUACAUCAAGAGAUUAGAAGAGGCACAAAGUAAACGGCAAGAAAAACUCGUAGAGAAACACAAGGAGAUCCGUCAGCAGAUCCUGGAUGAGAAGCCCAAGCUGCAGGUGGAACUGGAGCAAGAGUACCAAGACAAGUUCAAAAGACUGCCCCUGGAGAUUUUGGAGUUCGUGCAGGAAGCCAUGAAAGGGAAGAUCAGUGAAGACAGCAAUCACGGUUCUGCCCCUCCCUCCCUGGCCUCAGACCCUGGAAAACUGAACCACAAGUCCCCCUCCGGUGACGAGGUAGAAGGAGACAACCCAGGAAAAGAGUUUGAUACUCCUCUGUGAUUGUUCCUGCCAGGCCUUCAGAAUAUGCAUGGACAUUCAAGCUCCAGUGGACCCUCUCUUAAUACAAAGAUCACUGCCCAGGAGCAUCUUCCUGAGAAGCAUCCCUUAGCCUAAAGUCAUCCCAAAGGGAGCAUUCCAGAAGGAUCUGUGUAGAGGUCUCUGUGCUCAGGUUCCAUGUAUUAAACAGAAACUGCUGCAGGUCUACUACUGGAGAGUGCAUGUAUAUGGGAUUUUUUUUUCUUUCCAAUAGUAAAUUCAAAGCAGGAAACUUCCAAGCUCCAUGGAACUUUUAAUGAAGGACUGUGUCUUCUUUGAAGGGCUCAAGUUUUUAUUUGAAGCUCUGGUGUAAAGUAUUUCAAAGUAUAGAAAUAGUUUGAGAAACGUGUAGCACUAUCGAACAGCAACUUUGAGCAUUCUCUUUUCUAACUGCCCCUCAACUACCAUAUCCUCGAGUUAAUGUGCAUAUUAUUAAAUUGUUUCAUCCUUUGCUUUGCAAGCACUGGUGGCUUGCAGUUGGCUAAUUUAUUUAUCAAAGAGGCAUCAUCAUAUUUGUUGCUGACAUGGCUUUCUUAGAUACUGCAGUGAUUCAAAUAAGCUGGUUUUCUUUUUUUGAAAAAAAAUCACUUGAUUGAAUCUAUGCCCUGGGAAACCACCCCAAGACUUGGCAAUAUGGCUUGGACAUUUGGCUGCAUGAGCAAACUGGCUGCACACUUCCAGGGAGUGUGCUUUCCAAGUUGACUGUUAACACUCAAAGGCUGGGUAUUUUUUGGUUGUUGGGUUGAUAUGAUCAAAUAACUACAAAGAGUCUGUUCUGUUGAAAAAACACGGUUGAGCUGAUGUAUGUUGAGUAGAGAUUCAGAGUCAAUAGGCUCCAGGGGUUAUUUUCCUGUCUGACAUUUUUUAGUAGUUCAUUUAUUUUUAACACAGAGAUGAAGAUUGAAUAUGUAUCUAAAGAAUAUGUAGACCCACGUGUAAAUGAUAUCUAUUACCUCCAGGUAUAUGUAUAUAUGCACUCAGCCUGGUAUAAGUGCACACACACAAGUACAAAUGUAUGUGUUUAUUAAUUGGCAGUGACCCAGUCUCAUCCACAAAACUUAAAAACACAAAUAUAACAAAAACAAAAAUUCCCACCGGUAAAUGGGUAAAGAAGAAAGGGGUCAAAUGUCUAGAUCAUAAGGUUAUUAAAUUUAUUCAAAUUCUAAGAAACAUUUGAUGGAGCCAGUGAUGAAAGUUGAGGUGGAUUUAGAAUUUGGAAUAUGAAAUUGGUACUUAUUUUGCAAGAACAAAAAUUUGAUUUUAAGUAUCCGAUGUUUAGCUUGUUUUAAUGGUCAGAAUACACAACAAAUGUAGACAUCAGCAAUAUGGAAAUUUAUUAGUAUCCUUCAUCAUUUUUAAGUCUCAUUUCAAUUUUAUUCUAACAUUAAAAAAUCUUUCAUUAUAUAUUUAUUGUGUACAUUCAACUCACUUAACUGCGUUAAAUUCCUCUUUUAGGUGGCAUAAAAGAAACAAAUUAUAUCAUGAUAAGACUGCUCAAAAACAUUAUUGAAAUGUCUUAAGUAAGAGAGGAGAAUUAAAUAAAGGAAAAUAUGACUUAGAGAGUAACACAAAGGACAUUGAAGUUAAAGUCCAGAAGCAGAUGCUAACAGCUUUAUUUUACUUCCAAAUAAACCUGAUUGUCGCUUAGCCAAGCAUUUUAAAAUUCAAAAACCAGUUGUGUCCUGAAAACUGUUUCAAAAAUUUAAUAUUUUUAUGGAAAUUAUUUUCUUUAACUUUAAGCAAUAACUAGGGAUCACAAUUAAGUUUUAAUCAACAUGAAAGUUUAGUUCAAACAUUAGCAAAGCGUGUUUGAUUAAAAAAAAACACGGCUAAUGGGACACAAGGGGAAAAAUCACAUCCUCUUUGGAGAUGAUUGUAUUUUGAUCUAAAAAGGUUUGGGGUGUUAAUUAGACACUUAAUAAAACUUAACUUCCACUGAAAGAGAAAUCUUUUGUAAAUCGUUCUACUUUUGCACUUUGAAAGAAAGGCAUUAAUCAUAAAGAAGCAAAGAUGGUCAAAAUUGAAUGCUGCAUUUUGUAAAACAAAAUUACAGACUGUCUAAAUUUGCAGAAGCAUGAACCAAUAAUAGCAUCCAUAACCAAACACAAAGGUGAUUCUUACAGAACAGUGUAUCCCAUCCUAGAGAUAGACUAAAGACAAGUUGAAUAACUUUGACUUACACACAACCGUUUUGGUAGUUGGAUUUCAUGAUCUUAGCGACUCUAGUCAUUUUACAAUACAUUUGUAUUUGGCCAUUUACUGUAAUCACAUUUUUCUAUCUGUAUAAUGACACUUUUUGCAGUUGUGGGGUAGUGCGUAACACUGUCCAUUUUGCAUCAUGAAACUACUACAGUGAUACUAUCAUUUAAUAAUAUUAAUAUUACUUGAAAUAGACUAAGAUAAAGAAAAGGGGUCUAUAUGAUGUGCAGUUUUGUGCCUUUAUGUAUUUGCCUUGUUCUUUGUUGAAUGUGUGAAAUUCCGUACUGUGGUUUUCCCUGUAAUAGAGAGUAGAGCCAUGUAUUAAAUUAGACUGUGCCCUUCUGAUACCUUUACACUACUGAGACUAGAGUGCUGGGCCACGUACGCCAGUUUUCAAAGUUCCUGUGUCAUGCCAUGUGUUUUUGGUUUUGAGCAUUUUCAUUAUCGCCAUACAUUAAUUAAUACUCCUGUAAUAGAUAAGCAGUCAUGAAAUAAUUCCGAAAGAAAGGGCCAUCACUUGCAUUACUUUGAAUUUAAUGUUGCACUUGUGCACUGUAUUACUUUCGUUUGUGAUGGAUUGGACAUUGUGACUUUUGCCUUUUAAGAGAAAAACAAAAGAUAGGACAAAGUAUUUGAAGCUCUUAAAAUGUACAUAUUUUGGUUCUUCUAUCUCAAAUUAUUUAAGAUGCAUAACUCACAUUUUUGUAAUAAUUCUAUGCAAUUUUGUGGCAUGAUGUUUCUUCCACUUGUAAUUUUAUGUGCUUUCAUCACAAGUCCAAAGGAAACAAUAAAAAUUUCUUA